UCCGGAAGUAGAUGUAAACAUGUGAUUGUCACCCGGAGCGCUCGGUGCAGAUUUGCUUCUGUUAAUAACCAGUAUGAUUAAUCGAAAUAAAUGUGCUUGAAGAACUAUUUAAAUUAUCUGUUGAUAAUAUUGUCAAUGACGCAAUCUUACGCUGUUGAGUUCUUCGACAGGAACCCGCUCAGUUUGCCAACAUUUAGCAUUUUGUGUUCACACGAAAACAGUAUGUGUAUUUAACUCAGCGUUUAUGACUAUAACUCCUAUAUUACUUCAAAACUACAAGUGUUCAUGGCAUCCAGACAAUCAUUUACAGAUUCUGACACUGCUGACGAAGCGGUCAGAGCAACUUGCGACGACGCGUCCAUAUGCAAAAGGUUUGCCACUAGUAAAGGUUACUGGACUGACCUCUACGUCCAGUAUUUUGUGAGGCAAAUAGGUGAACGGAAAGCACCUGAGAUCAACAGAGGUUACUAUGGACGUGUCAAAGGGAUGAAUCUCCUUCUUGAUGACUUUCUCAAGAAGACACAAUGUGACUGCCAGGUGGUGAAUCUUGGUGCAGGACUGGAUACUACUUUUUGGAGAUUAAAGGAUGAAAACAUUAUGCCAAAAAAGUUCUUUGAAGUUGACUUCCCGAUGAUAGUUGCCAGAAAAAUACACAACAUCAAGACAAAACCUCCACUAUCGAAACCCCUGAUUGAGACUCACUCCACUGAUUCGCUUCUUCUAGAUGGUCAUAGUUUGGACUCUGACAGAUACUGUAUUAUCGGUGCUGAUUUAAGAGACAUCCCUACUUUAGAGGACAAGCUAAAAAAGUUCCAGAUCAAUCCAGAAUUGCCCACGCUCUUUCUGUCUGAAUGUGUGCUGGUGUACAUGAGCCCUGAACAGUCGUCCAGACUAGUGCACUGGAUUGCAGAAACCUUUCCCACGGCCAUGUUCAUUAACUAUGAACAGGUGAACAUGAACGAUCGCUUUGGGCACAUCAUGAUUGAGAAUCUUCAAAGGCGGCAGUGCAAUCUGGCUGGAGUGGAUCUCUGUCAGUCCCUGGACUCUCAAAAGGAGCGCUUUUUGUCUUCAGGCUGGGAAAGUGUAAACGCACUGGACAUGAUGACGGUCUACAGCAUGCUUCCUCAGGAAGAUGUAGCAAGAAUUGAACGUCUUGAGUUUUUAGAUGAAAAGGAACUUCUCCAACAGCUUCUUCAACACUACUGCAUCUGCUGGGCUGUGAAAGAUAAGCUUAAUCUAGGCCUGUCGCAAAUUGGCUUUUAAACGGCAAGUGGGACUCGGUUGUAAAAGUUUGAAACAACAUGACCAAGAGUCAGAGGACAGGAAAGGGAAGUCAUUUAUAUCUUUAUUUCCAUUUUUGACUACAAUAAAAUGGAGACUACUGAAAUCAGCAUCUUCUCUUCUGUUUUGCUUGUCUCAUUAUGUUUCCCAAGUGAUUGACGUGUCUCACUUAAGUGCCAUAUUCAAAUUUUUAUGAUUUUUUUUUUACCAUAACUAUUAUUAAACCAGCUUGGAACAUUUGUGGGAUGCACAUGAAUGUUUAUUUUGUAAGCUGUGUGAGUGUAACUGGCCCUCUGUAUUAAUAUUCAUGAAUUGUGAUGAAUAAUAAAGACAAUUUAGAGUGUAAAAUGAA